UGUGUGUGUGUCAACACGUAAGCAACAUGCAUAAUGCCCUGUCCCAAAGGAACAAUGUUGAUAUCGUAAGCAUAGCAUUAAGCUGGAUCGGCCGUUGCGUUAUAUUAUCGAGUCCCCAGCAUGCGUUACGGGCCCUCCGGAGGAAGGAUCUGACACCCAUGCCUGAACAGUUUCUAGGAGACGACGAGAACUCUGCGAGUACGAGGCUUGGCUCAGAAUUUAGUCGGCAGCAGGGUGAGCCGAGACGUUCUGGCGGUGAAGCCAUAGUGACCUCUAGAGAUGGUGGUAAAGCCCGGAUAUCAUCGACAACCUUCGCUCUGAACGGACUGCCAUGGACAGAUUGGGGUCGCUGAAACUCCACCCAGGGGCCACAACUUACCUACUUAAGAUAGGCAUGUACUAGUAUUAUGGUACCAUGAUAUACACCCCCCCUGAGAUUACUUCAUCUGCGUUUUCGUCACCGAGGAUAUAUCCACAAACACUAGCUCUAAGCUUGGGGGCGAAAAUGUGUAGAGUGCAAGUCUUGGG